AUGAAAACUAAUAAAAAAAACAAUUCCAAAACGACAAUGUCAAUGAAAUAUACAUGUAAAUAUUGUGGAAAUCAUUAUGAUGAUGUGGACACCUUCCAAAACCAUAACAAUGGAAAAUGUUUUAACGAAUUUGCUAAGCGCCAAAUAGAAAAAGUGAUGUCUCAAAAAGUUGAAGAAAGAAGCGCACAUGACUUUUCUCAACUUUUACAAACGGGGACAAACCCUCUUCCCAAAACGAAUGAAUGCAACGACUGCGACGAAAUUUUAUCACAACGCCUCAUUUUCCAAAUUCAAAAUGACAAAUUUUCUUGCGACACAUUGAAAAGUCUACUUUCCAAUUCACAGCUCCAACAAUUAGACGAAUUACUACAAAACGAAUUAGAACACAAAGUGAACAGUUUUAUUCCUUGGUAUUUACUUAACACUUCAGACAAAACUCCCGAAGAUAUGCUUCCUCUUCCAAUCAAUCCAAAAUUUUCCAAAACCCUAGUGUUUGCGAUAAACCAAGCAAUUUAUACAUACACUACGUUAACUCGGAUAUAUGUCGAAACAGACGUUUUCGAUGUGUAUAAUCCUCAAAUAGACCAACAAAUCGAAGAAUUGUUUCCUUCCCUGUAUUCUACAAUACCAGUAAAAAUCGAUGAUAUCACAGCAUUCGUUUUACAGUGGCUCAGAAAGAACGAGGUGAUACUUGAUGAGUGUAAAUUCACUGUAAUUCUUCGAAAUGAUACAGCAACUAUUAAAGCCGAUUUACAAAAGGCAACACUCGUUCUGUCACAUCUACACAAAUUUUACUACGACAAAAUCAAACAGUCAAAGAAAAUAGAGUUCCUCCACUUGUAUGUAUCUUCAGGACAAUAUAGAAAAGACUCGCUCUUGGUAUAG